AUGCUACGACUGCUCAUCUUGAACCUUUCGUCUAUUUUGCCAGUCAUCUACGCACAUAAAGUGCACGUCGGAAACAAACCUCAAGUACGAGUCACGACAGCUCUCGUCAACUUUCAUGCUCGCAUCAUGGAUCAAUGGGGAGAUGGAGGCGGCAAGACAUGGACGAUCGCCAAUGAUUCCUACCAUCCUUUUGCUCAUCGCCAAUUUGGGGGAGGCAAGCGGCGAGAGAUUAGAGGAACCAACAUGUUUGGAAGUGGGUAUCCAUAUGGAGCGUGGAAUACGACGAGCAUUGCACGCCGUUCAUUUCCGUUUGGCGUGUGGCCUCUGUACUGGGAAGACGACUUUAUGGAUUCAAGUGAAGUCGGUGCUCAGUUGGAUACCAUUCGUCCUGGAGGACAUAUCUCGAUCGUUCCAUUAAGAACGACAAAGGAAAACUUUACUAUCUCGCAGGACGAGGUAUACUACGCGGUUGGAGAUUCACAGUCUCUCAUCUCGAUCCUCAUCUCGUACGUGACCUGGUGUCACGCGAGCCUAGCAUGGCCAACACGUUUCGACCCCACAUCCCCAAAUGCUACGGUCAAGUUGGAGAACGUCUUGCAGUACUACCGCGCGAGUAGCUUUGCACUUGCGUCGCCUGCAUACAGCAAUCCCAACAGUCGGAACGCAUCCUAUCAGCCAACGGGAGAAUGGAUCCCGGAAAAGAUCAAGAAUUCGCCAUUCUGGAAAUGCCUGGACUCGACGACGGCGAGUGCAUUGCCAAUUAUGAACCCACCACCAAAGGAGCCUGGACACAAAAUUUUGGCUAGGCUUGCGGCCCCGCUCUGGUGGGCUCUUCUUGGAGGAGCAGGGAUUGUAUUAUGCAUCAUUGCCUUCAUUUGUUGGUUAAUCAGGUACUACGCAUGGAACUGGCGAGGGAUUUUGGAGGAGAAGGAGCGGCAAAGGAUGAAACUUCGAGACGAAACAUUGUUUCAAUAUGAACAAUUUCCAUAG